AUGAAGGAGAUCAAGCUUGCGAUAGACAGUGGAACAGCGCCCGCUACAGUCACGGCCCCGCCGCACCCGCUGGCGCUGCGGUGGAUCAACUACCAGCGCGAGAAGGAGUUCAUGGCCAACAAAGAGCUCUCCCUCCCGGCCGUUCACUUAUUUCGUGCCGGGAGCAGCUUUAUUUACCGCGGGCCACUCACAGCGCGCCACGUGUUGCAGGCUGUGGCGCGUGGGAUGGCGAUCCAGGAGGAUUGGCUGCCGAUUCGGAGGGUCGGGAGCUGGGAGGAGUUGGUACGGGUUGGGAAUGGGUCGAGAGUGGUGCUGGCGCUUGUGGAGCGGUGCGGGUGGUAUGAGGAGUUUUUUGGGGAUGGGGCGCGUGGUGGGGGUGAGGGGAAGGGGGAGAGGAGGGAGGGGGGAGAGGAGCAAGAAGGGAGAAGGGAGGAGAAAGGGGACGAGGAGGAGAGAGAGGAGGGGAUGGAAGCGAGAAUGGGUAAGGAUAGCAGGAAGGAGGAGAGCCAGGGAGAAGAAAGCAGGGGUGAGGAUAGCAGGGGUAAGGAGAGCAGGGGUAAGGAGGAGAGCAAAGGGAAGGGAAUUGUGGCAGUGAGUAGUAGCAAGGGGCCUGUUUGUGAGGCAGACAUGGGUGAAGGAGCAUCAUCGCCACCACCACAAGAGGCACCUGCAUUGAUGCAGUGCACUGUUCAUGAAGGCAAGGAGGAAGAGGGGCACUCAGAGCAAGCCUCGGAACAAAGCUUUAAACAAGGCCCGGAGCAAGGUUUGGAACAAGGCCCAGGGCAAGGCUCGGAACGAGGUGUGGUGAGAAGCAACGGCGAGGAGAGCUCCCAUGAGGGGGUUGCUGCUGCUACUGCUGAGUUGACUGAGGGGCCUGCACGUGGUGCAGUGAACAAGUUAGUGAGCGGCGUCGAUGAUAGGCCAAAGGGUGCAGGAGAGAAUAGGGCAGGGGAGACGCGAGAUGAACAGCUGGAGGAACCUUUAGAAGAACCUUCAAAGGAGCCUUCAGAAGAACCUCCGAAGGGCAUUUCUGAGGAUCGAUCGCCUGAAGCUUCAGAGAAGAACCUGAAGGGGGAACCUCAGGAGCCCCAGAAGCGGGUAACGGAAGGAGCGUCAUCGUCAUUAUCGAAAUCCGCGGCGGCACUGUCAGGGGGGUGGGUGGAGUGUGGGAGCGAGCAUGCGAGGAAGGAGUUGAAGCGUGUGGUGGGAGAGUUGAAGACAGUGGUGCAGGGGCACGCGCUGACUCCCUCCCAGGCUGUGGUUGUGCUCGUUUCAGACCCUCUUCUUGCCGCACAGGUGCUGGGGAAGGUGAAUGGACGUGGUAAAGUAGAGGAAGAAAACACUAGACAGCACGAGAGGCAAGAGAUUGAGGGGCAGCAAGAGCAGCAACUGCAGAAGCAGCAGCAGCAGCAGCAGCAGCAGCAGGAAGAGGAGGAUCAGCAGGAGGGGCAGCAGGAACGAGUGCUGGGGGAAAACCAAAAGCGUCAACAUCAGGAGAAGCAGGAAGGGCAGCAGAAAGAAGCAAUGCUUGAGAAGCUAGCAGAGGCUAAAGCGGAGAAGGUGGGGAGGGCGCGAGGGUGGUUUGAAUACCCAUGGCCAUCGGAACCGCAGCAGUCCGGAGAGACCCUGUCCGUAGAAGACUGGAUGCAGAGCCUUCCCCGACCUGUUGUUCAGGAGGUUACCCCGGACGCCUACAGCUCAUCUUUCAACUCCAAGCGCCCGUCUGUGCUUCUAUUCCUAGACUCUUCCAUCCCCGCCUCUCUUCCCGCAACUCCCAAGUCUUCCUCCUCUUCGUUCUCAGCCGUUUCAACAGCAUCAGCAGCCAAAGCAGCAGCUGCAGAAGCAGCAGCAGCAGCAGCAGCAACCACAACCUCCUCCACUGUUGGCAACGAAGCAGCACCAGGAGCACCAGAAGCAGCAGCACCAACAGCAGCGGCAGCAGCAGCAGCAGCAGCAGCAGAAGCAGCAGGAGCGGCGACUGCUGCUGCUGCUGACGCUCUUCUGAGAGUGGCACGGGUGUUUGCACGAGAGGAGGAGGUGAAACGACGAGCAGCAGCUGUUGCCGUGGCUGCAGCAGCACGAAUGAGGAAACGUGCAGCUGCUUCAGGGGCCAAUCGCACUGCUUCUACUGCCCAAGAUGCUGCUGAUGCUGCAGCUAAAUCUGCUUCGACUCUUCAUGGUAGAGGAGGAGGAGAAAGGGCAGGGGGAGGAGGAGAGAGAGGAGGAGGAGGAGGGGAAGGAGGAACAGGGGUAGAAGACAAGAAGGGGGGUCAGUUGGUGCUUGAGGAUGGGGGAGGGGCAGGAAGGAUGGGGGGGCCGGGGGCAGGAGGCGCAGGUCUUGUGAGGGCGGAUGCUAGGCUGCUGCAGGUGCUGCAACACGCGUUGCAACAAGGAGGGUUGCAAGGGUUGGGUGCUGCGCUGCAGCAGCAGCAGCAGCAGCAGCAGCAGCAGCAGCAGCAGCAGCAGCAGCAGCAGCAGCAGCAGAAGGAGAAGGAGAGAGCGCAGGGGGGAAUAUUGCAGCAGGUGCAGCAGCAGUUGCAGCAGCAGACGCAGGAAGGGCAGCAGGCAGAGCAAGGAGUGCAGGUGCAAGUACUGCAGCAGCAGCAGCAGCAGCAGCAGCAGCAACACGUAGUGACGAUACAGUUGGGUCCACAGGAGCUUGCGGCUGGUGAUCUGGGGUCAGUGCUUCGAGCCGCGAUGCAACAACAGGGGCAGGUGCAGCAGCAAGGAAAGGUGGGAGAGAUUCAAGAAGAGGGAGAGAGGCAACACGAUGCAGAGGUGCAACAAGAGAAGCAGCAGCAAGCAGUGGUGCAGGAACAGGGGCAGCAGCGUGGGGGGAAUCAGUGGGUGCAACCCAUAGAUGAAUAUGGGACUAGGGUGAUUAAGAAGGGCAAGGAAGAGCAUUCUGAAGGUGGGAAUAAAGUAACUGAUUACAGGAGGGAGAUUGUGCAGAAGGAAGAGCGUUGUAUAAGUGGAAACAAUGAAGCUGAUGCUGGGAAUGGGGAGAUUACGGAGGAGAGGGAAGAGCAUGUGAAAGAUGCGGAUGAGGCUCUUAGUGGCGAUGGCAGCAACGGAGUUAGGGAGGCGUAUAAUGAAUUGGAGGGUGCAGAAUCGGGGGCUUUUAGGUUGAAUGUGUUGAGUGAUGGGAAGGCGGAGGAGAAGUGGAUAGACGACCUGCCCUUCUCCUUCUUCAUUGUGGACCGGGAUGACGCUCUAAGAGACCGGCUCAUCCCGCCCUUCCCUGCGCAUGCACCUCCCUCCGUCUCUUCCUCCCCCACCUCCUCCUCCUCCAACGUUUCCUCUUCCACCUCUUCCCCCUCUUCCCCCUCUUCCCCCUCUUCCCCCUCUUCCCCCUCGUCCACCUCUAAUCCCUCUUCCUCCUCCGCACCCACGUCCUCUCCCUCUCCCCCACUCUCUGCCGACCUCCCUGCUCUCGCUGUCCUCCACCCCUCGCAAGACUCAGUCUUCCUCUACCCUGGCACUCCCACGGACGCAGCAUCUCUCCUCUCCUUCCUCCGCGCAAUCUUACAGGGCCGAGUGCAGCGAUCCUCUCGCUCCUCCCCCCGCCCCCCUCCCCCCCGCCACACUCCCCCUGUGCCGUUUCUCAACACGGAUUUCCGGGAGAUUGAGGGGGUGGAGAGGGUGUUGCCAGCACAGCAGCAGCAAGAGCAGCAACAGCAGCAACAGCACCACCAGCAGGAGAAGAAGCAGCAACAGCAAAGAGCAUCAACUGAGAGACAAACAGAGACAGUGGCAGGAGCAGCUGUAGCAGAUAGUGCUGCGAGUGAUGUGCAGCAGGGCACCGAGGGGAGGAGAACGAGUGGGGAGGGAGAGCUGUUAGUGGAAAAGGAGGUUGAGGAGGCGGAGGCGGAAGCGACUGUGGAUGUGCAGUCGUGGCUGUCGUACCUGCCUCGUCUGCUGCAGAUCGACUGCUCUGUAAACGACUGUCACGACGUGCUGUUGCCCUACUGGCAGAUAUCAGCCUUCCCUGUCGUCGCGCUGAUCCCUCCCCUGCCAACACUUCCCCCACCCACUGCAAGCACCACCACCACCACCACCACCCUUGAUCCUGCUUCGAACGCCACCAACACCGCUUCCUCUUCUCCUUCUUCUUCCACACCCGCUCAUCCUUCUGCUGAUGCGCCUAACCAUUUCAACUCCACCACACCUUCCAUACCUGCUGCUGCUGCUGCUGCUACUGCUGCUGCUGCUGCCCCUGCUGCAGCUGAGGGUGGUGGAGACGGGGUAAGGAAGGGAGAGGGGGAGGUGGUGAGGGGAUUGCAGAGCAAUGAGGAGAUGGGAGCGAGGGAUACAGAGGGGGCGGGCAAGGAGAGAGAGGUGGCAAAGGAGGGACGGAAUGUAGGGAAAGAUGCAGGGGAGGGGCACGAGGAAGCAGAAGAGGAGGACGAGAAUGAGGGAGAGGAGGAGGAGGAGGAUGAGGAGGAGGAUGAAGAGGGUUAUGCGGAGGGGGAAGGGGCAGCAAGGGGGAAGGAUGCGAGUGUGCCAGUGAUGUACCGAGGCCCACACGCAGUGCGCCCGCUCAUUGCCUUUCUCCUCAACCAUACCGCUCUCCCCCCCGCCGCUGCCUCUCGAAUUUUACAAGUCCUACUAGCCACACGCGAACGCCCGACCAUGGUGGGUGGGGCAUCGUGGCCGCACCAGCCAUUCAGCCAAGACAGCAAGGCUGCAUCAGCAGAGGGAGCGGUGGAGAUGGGUGGGGAGAGGCAGAGAGCGGCUGGAGAAGCAGCAGAGGAAAAGGGGGCUGCAGAUCAGGAAGACGGAGGAAUAGAAGGAGAAGAUGGAGAGGAAGAAGAAGAGGAGGAAGCAGAGAAAAGGGUGGAAGGUGAAGAGAAGGAGAAGGACCUGGGCAAACAGAGUUCUACCAAGGAGGAGGGCGAGGAGGAGGAGGAGGAGGGGAGGGAGGGGCGGGGUGCUCUACCUACUCCCUCCUCUGCUAAGACUCCUCCCACACACCCAGACAGCACCUCUUUGCCAACCGACCCCACUGCCUCUCAACAGCCUGCUGCUGCUGAGUCACAUCAUCAUGAGCAUAAUGAGGGAGCAGAUACUGAUGAGGGAGGUAGCUCUAGUGGGGGCACUAGUGGGGGCACUAGUGGGGGGAGUGGAGAGGGAGGUAGUAGGUCCGGUGGAGGGAGUGAAGGCGGAGGUAGUAACGGCAGUGGUGGCAGUGACGGGGAAGCGCGUCAAUGUGUCGCUGUGGACAAGCCAACUGCUGGGUCCUUCCUUGUUGCUUCAGAGGACCUCAUAAGCUCCCCUAUGUUUGAGCGUACGGUCGUGCUAAUGCUCUCUCUCAACGACUCCGGUCCCAUUGGCCUCGUUCUCAACCGCCCGCUCUCCUGGAAAUUCGUCUCCGGCGUGCAAGACUGGCUACUUUCCCGCGUCUCCUCCGCCCCCCUCUCCCUCGGCGGCCCAGUAAUCAACCCCACCAGCGCCUUCGCAGCCCUCACCCGCCGCUCGUCCUUUGCGGGGUUUCAAGAGGUGCUUCGGGGGGUUUAUUGGGGGACUAUGGCGCCGCUUGUGCGUGCCGUGGGAUUGAUUGAUGCCGGAAUGACGUUUCCGGAGGAGUUUUGGUUCUUUCUGGGAGUGUCAAGCUGGGGGCCAAAGCAGUUGGAGGACGAGAUUAAGAACGGGUGGUGGUAUGUAGCGGAUUGUGAACCGGAAAUGAUCCGAUGGCCGACUGAGUGGUCCGAGGAGGUGGAAGCGAGAUCGGGGGCCAGUGGUGGAGGUAAGGCGUCUGAUAAAGGUGGGACGGCGGGCGUGUUUAAGAAGGCGAAAGAUGUGCUCAGUUGGGCGACCCUCUGGUCCGUGCAGGCAGCCUCUGUUCCCCGCGAUGCCAACCACCCCUAUGGACACGGCAAGUUUGAGACAGUGGGGGCGCUGGGCGUGUCCCUUCUCCUGAUCGGCACGGGAGGCGGCAUGGCAUGGCACGCGCUGCACCUGCUGCAGGAAUUCCUCCCUGCCUCCCUCGACCUGCAUCAUCUCCUCACAUCCGACGCUGCUUCUGUUGGGGGUGCUGCCGGAGGGCAAGAGUACAUGCCGUUGGCGCUAGCAGCAGCAGUGGCAUCCAUAGGGCUCAAAGAGAGCCUGUACUGGGCGACCAAGUGGGUGGCGGAUCGCUACGACAACCAUCUCAUGCGCGCCAAUGCAUGGCACCACCGCAGCGACUCCGUCUCUUCCUUUGCUGCACUGCUGGGCGUGGGAGGAGCAAUGGCUGGCGUGCCGACUCUCGACCCCCUCGCAGCUCUUUUUGUGGCUGCACUCAUCACCAAAGCAGGCGGCAGCAUUGCGUACCAGAGCAUUCAAGACCUCGUGGAUGUGGGGGUUUCUGAGAAGGUUCUUGAGCCCAUCAGAGCGCAGAUCAUUGCGUCUCCUGGAGUGCUGGGCUGUCACAACCUGAGGGGCAGGCGCAUGGGGCCAUGGCUGCAUGUGGAUGCGCACAUAGAGGUGGACCCAUCGCUCACAGUGAGAGCAGCGCACGACAUAGCACUGGCUGCACGGGACCAUCUGCAGCACCACUUCCCCUCCAUCACCGAAGCUCUCUUUCACAUAGACCCAGCAGACGGCAGGGCGCCAUCCCCUCUGCAUCCCACCUGCCCCCUUGACCCGCAAGCCUGGGUAGAAGGGCAGUUAAAUCCCACCGCAACGCCUUCUCCUGCUGCUACUUCUGCUGACGGUUCUGCUGACGGUUCUGCUGACACUGUCCCCCACAAAGAGCAGUCUCAGGACCAAGACAGUGCUGGGCUGUCGUUGCACCGUCCAUCACCCUCCCACUGA